AUGGCCCAAGGCUCGUCCAUGAAAUUGAAAAAGACCCCCAAAUCGGGAGGAUCUCAAAAACGCAAAGUGGUUCGCAGCAAAACCAUGACCAAGGGUCGCAAAGGCCGCAAUGCACGACGGACGCACGCUGUCAACGCGGCCAAACCAGAAGUGGCGCUCAGCAAACAAAUCAACAAAAAGAACGAAGCAUACGUCGCUGCCAAGGCUGUAGCAUCGGGAGACAAAUUCUUUCUCAAGGAUAUUUCCGAACGCGGCAAAAGUACGCACACACAACAAGUCAAGGCACGCGACAAGAAACAGGACAAAUCACAAAAAUUGACCGGACGACUCAAGUCACAAAUUCAACAAUUGCAAAAGGGGACCAAAACAAAAAAAUAG